AUGGGAGACACAACCAUCACCGAGAGGGUCUACUUCGACAUCGAGCAAGGUGGACAGCCUCUUGGCCGCAUCGUCAUGGGUCUCUACGGCAACCAAGUCCCCAAGACCACCCGAAAUUUCCUUGAGCUCGCCACCGGCCAACAUGGCUUCGGCUAUCAGGGUUCUGGCUUCCACCGCGUCAUCCCUCAAUUCAUGAUCCAGGGUGGAGACUUCACCAAAGGUAACGGCACUGGCGGUAAAUCCAUCUACGGCGAGAAAUUCGAGGACGAGAACUUCGCCAUCAAGCACACCAAGCACGGCCUGUUGAGCAUGGCUAAUGCUGGUCCUCACACCAAUGGCUCCCAGUUCUUCAUCACCACCGCAGUCACCAGUUGGCUCGACGGCAAGCACUGCGUCUUUGGCGAGGUCAUUGACGGUUACGAUGUUGUUCAGAAGAUCGAGAAUGCACCCAAGGGUAGCAACGACAAGCCCAAGACUCCCAUUACCAUUGCCAAGUCUGGCAAGGCGUAA